AUGGUUACUCGUACUAAUGGGAACCUCGUGGAUGGGACCGAUCAUUCGAUCUCUACACGGAAUGACCCUUCGCUUUUGAACGAUUCGGAAUCCCUAGAAUCUAUGUUACCUUCAAAAGUACUAUGCACCUCCGAUGCCGCAGAACGGGCGACCAAAGAGCUCUUGCUCUCCAAUCUUGAAAAUUUCAUUGCUGUUGGUGUUUUAGAACCAUUUACUGGCUCUCAGGACUUUUCUAAAAGUAUGAAAAGCCCUGACUAUCCUUUAACUGAGGUUGAUCUACUAGAGCAAGCAGCCUGGAUUCGAACAAUUCCUCUCGAAAACAACGGUGAUCCUGAGAGGAGCGCAGUCCGUGUGUAUGUACUACCUGAAGACAUAGGAAGGGCAGUUGUUCCGCGCUCAAGUGUACCCCUUCAUCGUGCUUUAAAGGUAGUCAUGUCAAAACUGAAUGUUUCAUCUGGGGCCUGGGAUGGACAUGUCACUCCGUUUUCUAAGCCCUUGCUACAACCAAGCGAGGAGGACGAGUCGUUAUUCUACAUAUUUAAUACUCUGGAAUCUCCAGCUCCCAAUCCCAAUUCUGUAUGCGACCCUUGGGCAAGGACCGUCAUGGAAGACGUCCUGGCUGGGAGCACCAAUUCGGAUGAGAAUUUUAGUUUGGUUGGGCUCAAGACCCUUCUAUAUCCCUAUCAGCGCCGCUCCGCAGCACUUAUGAUCCAGAAAUAA